AUGACCCAAAGGCUGGACCACCUUGGCUAUGAGGAUGUGACUCUGCCGCUGCCCAGCAGCCUCUCGCCAAAGGAGUCCCUGAGCGCAUUCACGCCGCGGCCCGGCCCCGUCCCUGCAGGGCAGCGCACGGCUGGCCCCGACCCCGUACCGCGGCGGGGGCCGGUGCCUCGGGCAGGGGCCGGUGCCACGGGCAGGGGCCGGUGCCACGGGCAGGGACCGGCAGCUCCCCGGGGCCGCGGCUCUCCUGCCGCAGACAUCCGGGCCCCGCCGCGGGCCGGACCGACCUCAAGCCCCGGCCGUGCCCCGCUCCGCCCCGGCCGUGCCCCGCUCCGCUCCGCCCCAGCGCUGCCGGCUCCCGCCGCUUCCUCGUGUGCCGGCAGGCUCCGGCGGGGCAGGCGAACCCCCCGGGCCCACCGCAGUCCCGAUCGUCCCUCUGCCACCUGUCCCCGGGCCGAGCCGCCCCGCGGAGCAGCACCGGCCGCAGCCUGGUCUCCUCCUCCCAAAACCACAGAACCAGUGCCCACAGCUCAACUUGAUGGUGGAGAGAGAAAGUUUUUCACCUUUGUGGUGCUGCAUGCUGGCGAGGAUGAGAUUGUUGCCCAUCGGGUCAAGAACCUGCUGGAGAGCAUGGGGGUCCCCAAUGGUGCCACUCUCUGUGAGGACUUCUCCAUUGCUGGCUGCAGCCACCUGGCUUGCUUCCAGGAUGCUAUGGAAAACUCUGCUUUCAUGAUCCUCCUGCUGACCAAGAACUUCGCCUGCAACCUGUGUAUGUUUCAGACAGACACUGCUCUGAUGGAGUCCAUCCAGAAUCCAUCCAAGCACCACUCGGUCAUCCCUUUUGUGCCCAAGGAGAACCCCCUGAAGCGGAGUCAGAUUCCCAGCGUGCUUGGUGGGCUGGUCCCCUUGGAUGAGAACUCUCCUAUGUUCUCCAGUAGAGUGCAGACGACCUUUAAAUCCAGCAGGAUCAAGGAGAGGAAAGCCAUGUGGGACCAGAUGCAGAGAAGGAAACUGCAGCUCCACCAGGACCAGUACCAAGCACAGCAGAGCUUAGCUUCUCUGAGCCUUGGCCAUCCCCAGCAGCCUCUGUCAGCAACACAGCCGCAGCUGCUGCAGCCACCACCCCAAGAGUGGUGUCCCCCUACUUCGACUGUCCCUCCUACUACCUACCCACCUCCCCUUGAUGGUCACCCCACACCUGCUCAGCUGGAACCUCCUCCUUUCCAAGCACUUCAGCUCCCCUCGGGCCACUACAGCAUGAUGCCAGGUCCUGGAGGCAUCAUCAUUCAACACGCUCGAAUGAUCCAGAUCGGGAACCACAACACGAUGCAGGUAGAAACUGUCACACCAGGGCCACAGGCCAGUGAGGAGGAGAGCAGGCAGAACAAGCAGAGACAGUAGCUCACAUCUCAUUUCUAACCCUAGAUCAUGGUGAUUCUGCUGGGGCUGGGACUGUUCUUAUCUCCUUUUCUUGGAGCACAGCAGGGAAGGACCUUUUGGAGUGUUGGACAAGAGAGUUUCCUGAGCCUUGUCUUCCCUGUGCUUAUUUUCAACUGAGAAGAAUCUCAUCCUGAUUUUCUGAGGCUACUGGAAGGCUUUAUAAAUAAACCCUAAUUAAUUUA